GACGCCAAGGCGUUCCGGAGGGCAGGACUUCCGCCGGAAAUGGGGUUGUCUGGGAAAUCAGAGCAGCGGCGUUCCGGCGGGGCUGCCGGCGGGUCUCACCCCAGUGGGCGCGGGCGGAGAUGGCCUGCGCCGCGGCGCGGUCCCCGGCCGACCAGGACAGGUUUGUUUGUAUUUACCCUGCUUAUUUAAAUAACAAGAAGACCAUCGCAGAGGGCAGGCGAAUCCCCAUCAGUAAGGCUGUUGAAAAUCCUACAGCUACAGAGAUUCAAGAUGUGUGCUCAGCAGUUGGACUUAAUGCAUUUCUUGAGAAAAACAAAAUGUACUCCCGAGAAUGGAAUCGUGAUGCCCAGUACAGGGGCAGAGUCCGGAUUCAACUCAAACAGGAAGAUGGCAGCCUCUGUCUUACACAGUUCCCAUCACGUAAGUCAGUAAUGUUGUAUGCAGCAGAAAUGAUUCCUAAACUAAAAACAAGGACACAAAAAACAGGAGGUAGUGACCAAACUCUUCAGCAAGGAGAGGGAAGUAAAAAAGGGAAAGGAAAGAAGAAGAAGUGACCUGGCAAGACAAUCAAGUCGGACAUACAGCUGUAAGAGCCGUGGAGGGAGCUUUCUGCUUUGUAUCUGGGAGGAGCUGAAGCUUUCUGUUUGUAUCAUUUAACUGAACUAUGAACAUUUGUGCCUCCCAGCUUUAGCAUGAGAGUUGACAAUGAAAUAAAUUUACACAAAAAGUUUGCAUCUAGCUCUUAUGCAGUAUACCAUAAAAGAAAAUUUUUUUGCCUUUCAAUGCAGUUUUUGUGGAAGAAAGAAGCUUAUUUUUAAAAGGACAAUGGCCUCUGCCAUAAGUUACUUGAAAUCCUGUAUCUGUGCUCUAUGUAAAAAUGUUCAGAUAAAUGAGUUUAAUAAGAUUUAAAACACAUAUCGUUCACCUUUUAAGCUAAUGAAAUAAAAUUCAAAACUGA